UUACUUUCGAACUAAUCGUGUGAUUUUUGAUACGAACCGUAAUAAUUGUGGUGUCCUAUGUAUUAUACUUGAUGUUUUGGACGGUGUGCUUUCUUAUUUACCGCCCGGUAGGUACACAUCUUGUGUGAUGGUGGAGAAGGAUGCCUGCUCGUGUACUGAGCCGGGGACCGCUGGGCGGCGCGGAGGUGAGCAUGGCUGACAAUCCUCUGGCGACCUUCGAGUCGCUGACGCAGGCCGGCAUCAUAGCUGUCAUCGGCGUGGCCAUCAUCAUCUCCAAUCUACUCAUUAUAGCUGCGUUCCUAAACUUUAAAGGGCUGUCGAACGAAGUGAUAAACUACUACCUACUGUCGCUGGCGGUGGCGGACCUGCUCUGUGGCGUGUUUGUGGUGCCCCUCUCCAUCUACCCCGCGAUCACGGGCCGCUGGAUGUUCGGCGACCUCAUGUGCCGCCUCGUCGGCUACCUCGAGGUCACGCUCUGGUCCGUCUCCGUGUACACCUUCAUGUGGAUAUCGGUGGAUAGAUACCUCGCCGUUAGGAAACCGCUCCGUUAUGAGACGGUUAGUUUGACGGUACAAACCCGCACGCGAAGUCAAUGUUGGAUGGUAUUCACUUGGAUAUCAGCAGCCAUGCUCUGCUGCCCACCGCUCCUCGGAUACAAGAAGGACGCCAACUUUGACAAGGAAACUUUGAUCUGCAUGUUAGAUUGGGGCACGACGUACGCGUACACGGCUACAUUGGCGAUGCUCAUCCUCGGCCCGAGCGUUAUUUCCAUAGUCCACAAUUAUUAUUACAUAUUCGCUAUGAAGAGAAAGUUGAAUAGCGGAGCUCCAAUCCACGACAAGGAAUACGCGACGGCGCUGGCCGAGAACUUGGCGAACCCCAGCCAUUGGAUGAGUUUUGUGAUGGUAACGACCUUCUGGCUAAGCUGGGCGCCGUACGCCGGCGUCCGAAUGUAUGAAUACUUUACGGACCAAGAACUGAAGAUACCCAUGCUGCACUUCGGGAUGGUGUGGCUGGGGAUCCUCAACUCGUUCUGGAAAGUUAUCAUUCUUAUAUCGCUUAGCCCACAGUUUCGGCUCGCGUUGCGUAUACUUUGUUUGACUGCGUGUUGUCGAUCCAAAGGUCGCUUGCAGGCCGAGCUCGUGGGGAUGGACAAUGAUGACUAGUACAGUUUAUGUAGCGGGGUAGCGGUGCUCAACGAACCUCUAACACGCUAAAAGCAAUAUUCAACGUCGUAUAUGGACAAUGAAAUCACUGCGAGUCAUUCCUCUAGUUCGUAAGACCCGUGCCUAGUUUAAGUAGUGUUGCAGUUUUAGGUUUGCUGCGUGCGAACGUUUCGUUUGUCGUUCCGUAUCGAUUGAAUUUUUUCAAUUUUUCGACAAUAAAUUUAUUUGUAACGCCAAGUGUUGUGCGCCGGCGAUCAUAUCACUUAUGAAUUUGGCUGUUUUAGAUGUAAUAAGUAAAGUUAACAACAGACGUUCAUUUAUGUGCCUGAAGUAUAACCACUGUUAACAUAAGUGAAAAUUUCGUUUCCAACGCGAUUAUUGUUUACUCGAUAGUCAAUUUUUCUCCGAAGUUAGGCGUUCUCACGUUUAGUAUAUAGGAUAUAGGUACCUAAAGUUGUUACAAUAAAUUUGUACGUUUUGAUAAGAAUUGCUUUAUGAUAAAGAUCUAUUUAAAUUACGUUACGUUUAAUAAAAAAUAAUGGAUUGGAUAUAAUCGGGUAGGGUAGCCCAAGAAGAAUGUGGGAUAUUUUCGAAUGAUUCAUGUUAAUAAAAAGAGGGCACCUUCCCUUGUGAUAAGUACCUAGAUCCAGUAUGAGCCUUUAAUAUAAAGGGAUGUUAUCAACGACGCGUCAUAUUAGUAAAAAUAGAUCUACUGAAAUACUUGAGCGCGUCAGGUUAAAAUUAAGGGGGAUAAAGGGUGUGCGGAUUUACUCAAGCUCGGUCGUUUUAUUUUUUAUUUAAGGUCUCACACAGCCGGAAUACCUCUCUAAAUUUAGAAAGGACAGAAAUGCAAAUAAUUUCAAAUAAAUUCAUAUUCCUCAAACAUAGAUCUUUUUCGGAUUCUUAAUUUAUCAGAUGAACCUGACAAAAUGAGUCGAAAGGGCGUUCUGAAUUUUCGACCGUUCAUUUAAGAUUAUGAGUUUAGAACGAACAUAGUUUUAUACAUUUUUUAUACGAAAACACAUAAUUGGAAUUAAGAUUAUAAAUCGUUCAGUUGUUCUGCAAAUUGAUAGCGUGACGUGAAUUAACCUACAGGUAUAUAAUAUUUCAGUCACACGUUGGAUAGUGAAAAAUAUUAAUAUCAACACACCUAUAUAUUUGUUCUAAUCGGCCAAUUGUAAUGGGAUUCCGCGACGCUCGAGUAAUUCCCCCUUUAUCGAUUUGCCUUUACAAUCUGAUUCCAAUUUAUUGUAAAGUCAUUCUUUUCAAAAUGUACUCGAAUUUACUUAAGUGUAGACUAGUUUCAGAUUCUAAUUAAAUACGUCUUAGUUAAAUUUGUACAUAAUGUAUAUUAUUUUUUGAUACGUUAUAAUUAUCUACGUUAUUAGCGUAAAAGUUUGUCGAGUAUUUAAAUUUUAUAUGAAUCUUGUUACCUGUCAUCCAGUUUUUUUCACGUUUUUUCACGGUUUUUAUGAUAAAAAUGUAUUAAGGCACUUACUUGACUGAAAUAUGUCUAUUCAUAUUUUUAAAACAUGGCAGGUCCAUGAAAUACUUACGAAAUCCUACGUGAGUUUUAUUAAUGUUUCUGUGAUCACACGAGUGCCCAAAGUGCUAAGAGAUUCUUAUAUUUGUCAUAGUAUUAUGUACCUCUUCAUUUGAUUUCUAUGAAAAUGAUCAUCACAAAAUUUCUCACUAACCAUGGAAAUAGUAAGUACUACAACAUACUUAAGACUUUCAUAAAACUAAAAAUCACGCUCACACGCUCACAACUAAAAGAAGUACUCUGGGACUUGUUUUUUUUUUUUAAUUAGUAGGCUUAAUCAAAUUCUAAUGGUGAUGGUGUUUUGAAUACAUAUUAUAUUAAGUCGUUAAAAACACAUCUGGAUAUUUUAUAUGGUUUAGCUUAGUAAUAUCAAGUGAUGAACUAAAUCGUAGCUUACAAUUGUCUGCCUUAUUACACUUAACAAUUCAAGAAGCAAUAUUACUGAGCAAAUAAAAUUGAGAUUGACUUUAAGUGUCGCUGGAAACGAUGGGAAUAUGUUGUCUAUGCAGCACCGAUAUCUGGUGGCUGGUGAAAACGCAUUGCGAUUUGGUAUAAGAUGACAGUACGACGAGGUUUGUGAAAGUUGGGAGUUGCCACGUGUAUGCAAUGUGAUAUACGAACUUAAUAUUAGAAACGGAUCUCUUUAGUUAUAAAGUUAUAGUUGUUCUCGUACACGUUACGAAGAUUACGCGAUGAUCGAAAUACUAAGUAGAAUUUAUUAUGCUGUGCGCAAAACGUUAUAUUAUAAAUACAUAGCAAUAAAUCGGGAUCAGAGCGCGACCGUUAAUUCGAAAUGCUAAUAGAUGAUAAUGAUUAUCCGCAAUUCUUAUGAAAUGUCUAAAUGUCGGUUCAGUAGAAGUGGUUGUUCUUUAAAUUAUAAAUGUUGUACAAUUUCGUUGACUGUCGGCUGUAUUCAGAUGUUUGUGCUUUUAGUGUGGAUUGUAAUGACAUAAAGAGUAAAGCCAAAGUAUGUAUAUAUAUCAUGCGUUAUAGGAUUAAAGAUUUUUUAUAGGAUUUUAAAGUCAGUUUUUAUUAUAAUAUCUAUACAGAUGUUUCGACCGCUUCGGAGUAGACUCUCUGCCCGUGACCUCGCUAAUUGUAAAAUAUAAUUGUAGCGAAUACAUCACAUUUAAUACCUGUUAAAAUUUCUUUAAUUCCUAAACACGUAUAAAUUCAU